AUGACGAGGCCUCACAUGAUCCGAGCUGAUACCUUGGACCUUCAAGAUCACAAUGAGCCUUCUGCUAAAGAUCACAGCAAACAACCCGAACAUCCAGAUCCUCUAGGGAGCGGCCGGCCUGCUCCCCACCAAGAGCUUUCCAUCCGCAAUGCCGAACAAGAUCUACGAUCGGAGAUAAAGGGCGGACGUGACGGGAUCGAUUACCGCCACAACAAGGACAUGCAUGGGGAUCCAGAGGACGAUGGUCAUGAUGACGAUGAUAGUCAGUAUGGCCAGGAGGAUGGAGACCUGGCGGAUGGUGAGAGCGAUGACCUUAUGGACGAUGAUAUGAUGGACAAAAUCUCCAGCUCGCCUUCUAUCGAUGAUGAGGAUAUCGAUUUCGAGUUCGUUUAUGCGCUUCACAAUUUCGUCGCUACCGUCGAUGGACAGGCAAACGCCGCAAAGGGUGAUACCAUGGUUCUUCUUGACGACAGUAACAGCUACUGGUGGCUGGUUCGCGUGGUGAAGGACGGCAGCAUUGGAUACCUCCCUGCGGAGCACAUCGAAACGCCAACCGAGAGGCUUGCCAGAUUGAACAAACAUAGAAACGUGGAUCUUUCUGCCACUAUGCUGGGCGACAACAACGAAAAGUCGAAGAACCCGUUGAAAAAGGCCAUGCGCCGUCGGAAUGCAAAGACCGUCAAUUUCGGAGCUCCAACAUACAUCGACGCCUCUGAUGUUGACUACUCAUCUGACGACGAUUCUGAACAUGGGGAUUUCUUCAACGACGACGAGACUCUGGAUGGAGAAGAGGAAGAUGUACAAGAUCAAGCCGAGGAUAUUGUUGUGGAACCUCUCAGACCGAAGGGACAAAAAGACAAACCUACAGAGCACCCGGAAACCAACGGUCAUCACGAGAAACAAGAUACACAGCGUUCAAGUUCCGAAAGACGCCCGUCUAGUGAGGAAUUCUUUGAAGCAGAAGAACCCACCGUCAGUAGAUCCAGAAAUGGCACUGUACGAAACACCGAUUCUUUCUUCAAAGACGACACCGCGGAACCCAAGAAGAUUUCACUUACACCAAAUCUCUUGCGCGAUGCCCGCGAUGCCCGCGAUGAAAACGGUUCGAACACUUUGGCGGAAUGGAAAGAGCCCCGCGCAAGCCUCGACUCCAUUGAAAAAGGAACAAACCCACAAGAUAAACUCAAGGAGAAAGAGGAGAAGAAACGAAAGGAAAAGAAAUCGGGAAUGCUCAGCGGGUUGUUCAAGCGCAAGAAGAGCAAAGACGACGUUGAUGACCUGGAGAAGCCUUCUGCAGACUUGACAUCUCGCACUUCGCCCCAACCCAAGACCUCGAUGGAGUCCAUGUCAUCGAAAUCUUUGUCGCCCGAACAACUGCGGCCUUUGAAGCCCCAGAAACACACAGUCAACAAGUUACACAAACAGCCUCCAGGAAUCAUGAAGGUUCAUACAGACCUCGACCCAGACAUGACCGAGUACAACAAAAGUAAAAGUUACCAAAGUCCAGUUGAUCAGACCAUUCGACAGGUCCCAUCGCAAGAACAAGAAGAAAGCGCCUACGAAGACUGUGAGAUUGUGCUGCAAUCGCCCGUCAGCGUGGAUAGCGCUUCUAAGGAUCCAUUUGCUACUCCGCUCGAAUCCAUGGACCCCUUGGCGUCGCCCGUUGAUCGUCCAUCCAGCGAAACCCAAUGGAGAGGACCCGACAAUUACGGCCAAACACCGGCUAGUUCCACUUCUGUAACAUCUCCACCCCAGAGGUUUACGCAUACGACGGGUGGAAAUGAGCCGGAAUCCCCUGUCAAUAUCUCUCCUGCGGAGGCGUACGUUUCUGUCAGCGCACCGGGCCGAAAAACAGAGACUUCCCCUCAAGGAGCGCGCUCUCUGUCGCCGCCAUCUCCGUCUUCAUCAUCAGGAAAUGACAACAAUUACCAAAAGAGCAUCACGACAACCCCUGGCUCAGUCGACACCCUUUCUGUGGACACCCCUACCUGGAGUGAUUCUAGUCUACGAUCAUACCUGGACGAGGACAAUGACAUUCGCGACUUGUUCAUUAUCGUCCAUGACAAAUCAAACGUCCCUCCAGCUGGCCCUGAUCACCCGAUCACUGGUCGUCUGUUCAAGGAAGAGAGCAAGAGACUCAAGGAAAUGAACAAUCAGCUUGAUGACAUGCUUGUGAACUGGAUGUCACGACGGUCCCGAAACUCUUCCUCAACGCGCAGCAUGCAAAGUCCACCAGUAUGA